AUUUCUCCGCUAGAGCGCGUAAGUUACUUGUCAAAAAAAAGGUUGUAUUUGUGCUUGCGAUAAUUUUCAUAAUUUUUGUCAAUAAUCCGUGAUUAUUUGAAUAUAAUAAAUUGUAAAUUUUACAUUUCUUAUUUCAAUAAUAAGUCAUUAGUAUUAAUAAAGAUUUUCCCAUAUUGAGAAAUUUGUUUUUUGUUAAUCACAUUUUCUAACCUCAAAAAUGUCUGACGAGGAGUUCGAAGCCGAAGAAAUCGCAGACGAUUUCGAGGAUGAUAUUGAAUUGGAGAAUAAAGAAGAGGAGGGGGAAAAUUUUGAAUUACUCACAUCAAGAGGUGAUGAAAAUUCCGGCGGUGUUGAAACAUCAAAACGAAUAACAACAAAAUAUAUGACAAAGUAUGAAAGAGCUCGAGUUUUAGGAACGCGAGCAUUACAAAUUGCAAUGUGUGCACCAGUUAUGGUCGAAUUGGAAGGUGAAACUGAUCCAUUACAAAUUGCAAUGAAAGAAUUGAAACAGCGUAAAAUUCCAAUUAUUAUUCGUCGCUUUUUACCUGAUAACAGUUAUGAAGAUUGGGGUAUUGACGAACUAAUCAUAACUGAUCUUUAAAUUUAAAAAAAAAAACAGACCAAGUGUAUACUUUUAAGUUAUAGAUGUAUAAAUUUUUAUAUUAAUUUCCUAAAGAAUAAUUAUAAAUUGCAAAAUCUGCAUAUUAUAUUAAAUUAAGAUUCAUUA